AUGGUAGACUCUCAGCUCUUAGCGCGUUGGAUCUGGAAGGAAGAGGAUCUGAUGGAUGGUGGAGUGAAGGCGCAUGGAGGGUCUCUAGUCCGAAUAGAUUGCCCCUCUCAAGUCAAAUCAUUCAAAAUCCAUUUCUCUUAUUAUCUCCAACGGCUACUUCAAACUUCCCUUCUCUCUCUUCUUUCUCUCUUUCAAUCUCUUCUCUCCAUCCCCAAAGCACUUCCAUCUUCAUCAAGCCCUAGCAGCUCCGCCAAAACCAGACCCUCUUCUCGUAAACACAAACCGUCCAAAGAAAACGAUCCUCCUUCAGAUCACAACAUCAUCGUCCCGUAUUCACCCUCUCAUGGAAAAUUGAAGAGUCUGUUUCCGCCAAGACCUCCGUCUUCCAAUCCUCUCAAACGCAAACUCGCUCUCGACACCGUCGCCGGCGAUAAUUCACUCCCAGUAACUUCCGAUUCCGGUGUUAAGGUUAUUGUGAGGAUGAGGCCGUUGCGGAAGGAUAAGGACGAAGGAGAUCCUAUAGUUCAAAAGAUUUCUGGUGGUCGUACUUUCACGUUUGAUUCUGUUGCUGAUGUUGAAGCUACUCAGGUUUCUAAAAUUGUGCCUCAAGUAGUGUGAUGUUUCUAUUGCCUCAAGUAGUGUGAUGUUUCUAUUGCCUCGCGGUUUCGGAGUUGAUUUUGAUUUAGCUCUGGAAUAUGUAUGGAUGCAUAUAUUUUUUGAAGGGCCUCGGAUAGAGUUGAUUCCUACAUGAAUUAUUCUACGAUUGCUUAAUAUGGCACUAAAUUCAAGUCCCAAUUUCGGUUGCCUUUCGGUCAUGUGGCUUUUCUCUUGGGCUUUCUUACGAGCACUACAAAGCAAAGUAAGCACAUACUCAUACUCCUGGAGACUCAAGGAAGCUAAAGGCAUUAUUUUUCUUCUCUAAAGUAGUUGUAAAGGGGCAUCGGACUCUCUCCGAUAGGUAAUGCUUCACACUCUUUGAACUUUUGCUCAUCAUUUUCGACCAUUCUUGAUACUGAAUCACUGCUUGGGUUAACAUGAGUUGAAGCCCAAUGAAAAUAGGCAUUGAUUGUUUGUAUGCGUGAUUUAAUUUCACUCUCUUGAGUUAUCCCUGAGAUACUUUGUCAUGAUACUUGCUUGAGAUGUAUGCUUUGAUUGCUUGAUUCCUCAUUGUUAUUGCUCGUGUCACCAAAUCCAAAAGAAUGGGAUAGUCUUGACUAAAAUUGUAAAGUACAUAUUUUCGGAAAGGAAAAUUGGAGAUAAAAUGUCACUAUCCGCCGUCCGUGUUGCUGAAAAUGACCUCAUACAUGUCAAUAUGUCAAUGAAGUUUUUAUCAAAAAUUUUAAUCGGUAAAUAUUGUCUCCAUAUAAUAUUGUAUUUUAAUAGUUUAAACCAUAUUUUCUAUAAGCACUUAUGUUAUUUGUUUUACUUUAAUAGUUGGCCAUAGUGUGAAACAGAUGAUGGAUGAGAUUUUGAGUUGAAGAGUUUGAAAAUAAAGGGUUUGUUAUGAUUGAUUUUAAUUAAAAGAGACAUUUUGUCAUCUUUAAGAAGGAUGUUUCUAUUAAUCACCCAUAAGUAUGAGAAGAUGAAUCUUUGCAUCAUCAUGAAGGAAGGGCUCCAACUUGGAUAUAAAAUCAACAAGUAUCCCACUAGCUCCGUCAAAUGGAAAAGAAUCAACAUCAUUUCAAUCAUCACUAUGAUAGGAGAAUUACAUCUCAUUUAUAGUGAUGACUCAUGUCUAAUCUCGUUGAAAAAAGUUUUAAAAGAAAAGCCAAAGUGGCAAGAAGAAAGUUUUGAAUUAGUUUUUGUAUUUUUUAGUCUUAUGAAAAUAGUUUGAGAUGCUUAAUGUGUUUUGAUUUUUGAAGCAUUUAUUAAAGAAUUUCAAAGAUAUUGGUUUGGACCCAAUGCAAGCUGAUGGAGAAAGUCAUUCAGACUGGCCUCCGAAAUUUAACAGGCUGCAAAAGGAGAUUAUUGAACUCUGGGAUGCUUGUAAUGUUUCAUUGGUUCACAGAACUUACUUUUUCCUUCUCUUCAAAUGGGAGGUAGAGCGCAGAAGACUAUCAUAUCUUAAGCAAACUUCUUCACUUGGUAAUAAGACUCUUGAAGAUGGAAGAACCCUUACCCCUUAGUCAAGGGAGCAUGUUAUAUUGGGAAUAAAGCAUCAGCUGCAGCAUAUUAUUCUCUUCAGCAAGCUAAGGACAGAUUGCUAACUGACAGUGCAGCCUUUGAAGUUAUAAUCAUGAAACUGAUCCCUAGAGUAUCAGUUAUGGAGAGCAUUGGUUCACUGAAAAUAAUUGGAGCUUACAGGCUCAUGACACUUUUCAGUAUUUUAUAACGAGCUUAAUCUCGAGGGUGUAUUCAAGGAGUAUGAGAGUGCAAGCUAUGAGAAGCUUGUAACCUCCAUUGAAGCGCAUUCCAGCAAAGCAGUUCAAGCCAGGAGCCUCAGUGCAUAAACAGUUCUCUAUACAAGUCUUCUAGUUGAAUAGCUCCUUGUCCUCUAUGUAAUCAUGUUAAUAAUUGUUUCAUUCUUGCAAAAAGUUAUCUCAUACUUAUUUUGUUCUCAGAAUACUUGGAAAAGAUAGUUUGA